UGAGCCAGUGACGUGAAGAGUCCUCCAGUCCAGGGUUUAUGUUGCUCUGCGGAGCGACAGGUGCGUUUACCUGCUGGAUGUCGUUGUCAGGAUGACCGAGCCUGCUGAGCUGCUGCUCAUCAGGGACCAGUAUGAGUUGGCAUUUCAUUCUCUGGGUCUUGGCUUGGUGGCAGAAGAAGCCGACAACAGAGCAGAAGCUGUGGCGUGUUACAGAAAGGCUCAGUUGCAUCUCACUCAGGGGCUGGAUGUUCCCGCUGGAGGGGACCGGCACCAGGGGCCUGCCUGGGACACGGCCAGACUGCUGCAGCAGAAGAUGAGGGACACCCUGGGGACGCUCAGCGCCCACCUUUCUGAGCCGGACCAGCCUCAGCUGACAACAGGAGACCACAGGAACCUACUCUUGAAGGACCUUCCUCCUAAUCUUUAUCCAGACUUGGCUACUGACAGUCAGCCCUCACACAGCUCUGUCCACCAUCUGUACCCCACCAUACCUGCUACCCAGAAUGCAACCCCAACCCCCGGUGCAGCCCCUGUCCUGCUCAGUCCUGCGUCCCCUGCUGCUGCUGAUGCUGCACACACAGACACAGUCCCUGCAGCCGCUCUGGGAAGUGCAGCCAUGGAGAAUUCAGGGGAGCAGCCCCCGGCGUACACGCCUAAACCCACAGACGGCCACCGCAGCCUGGGGUUAUUUUCUGUCCAACCCAGCCUGGGGUCAGGAAAGCAGAGUGAAGUGACAGGAGGAAAUGGAAAUGAGCUGCUUUCCAUCCCGUUUGGGGUGCAGCUGUUUUUUGUUGAACCCAACGGCCAGGUCAGCUCUCUGUCUUACCCCGGCUACCUCCGCAUCAUCACGCUGGAUAGAGAGCACAAGGAUUCUGCUGCUGGGAAACCCUCUGCUUUUUUACAUGUGUGUGACCGGCUGUACCCCCUGACCUCGGACACCCCGGUGCUGCUGGCCAACUCUGGGAUCUUCAUGUUCCCAGACUCCCUGGCAGAGAUACCAGGCUCUUACGUGGGCAUAGUUCUCUCCUCUGAACUGCCCUCUGCUGACCGGGAGAUGUUUCAGGACCUGCUAUCACAGCUGGCUGAACUCAGGAUUCAGGGCCCAGAAGGGACAGAGGCAGAGGUGAUGAACUUAAGUAGCAAAGUCCCCCUGGGUCCCCUGCACGAGAAGACAGGUCUGACAGCACCGGGGGCUGAGAAGGACAAACUACCGCUGCCGGGGUGGAGUGAGAAGAUGGCACAAGGAAUCCUGUCAGGAGCUACACGGUUAAGUGAGUCACUUGCAAAAGGAGCAGAGGUCACUGGGAAGGUCAUUCACAAAGGAGCCGCCAAGAUCAGGGACCACAUCACGCCAGAGGACACGCCGUCUGAAGUCAGUCCCCGGGUCAGCAAGGGUCUGAAUGUGGCCAAGAAGGCCACGGGCGGCGCCGUCCGAGUCAGCCAGUUCCUAGUGAACGGCGUGAGUACGAUUGCAGAGCAAGUAGCAGACAAGGUGGCUCCCCGUGUGAAGAAACACGGAGCUAAGCUGAUCCCGGAGUCCAUGAAGAAGACCCAAGAGGGCCGAGCUUCCAACCUGGACGGAGCCAAGUUUGUAGCAGCCAGCGGUGUACAAGGUUUCUCUACUGUUUGGUCCAGUCUGGAGUCUGGAGCAAAGAAUGUUUGCAAAGGUGUUGCAACUGAGACUGUUCAAACAGUGAAGUACAAGUAUGGGGACGAUGCAAGCCAGGCCACAGACACUGCUCUAAAGUCAGUGGCCAAUGUUGGCUUGACUGCACACAACAUUGACAAUCUGGGCAUCAAAGCUUUCCUGAAGACGGCCGGCAAGAAGACGGCCAAGGCCUUUUUCAGAGGCCACAAUGGACAGCGGACAGAAAGUGAGGGGACGGAUGUCCAAAAGGAGGAACAACAUGAACAGGCUGAAGAGAACAAAGAGCAGGAACACACGGAGAAGAAGGAGGUAGAGAAGAAAGAAUAGGUUUCCGCAGGAAAUGUGUUAUUCCCUGUCAGCCUAAUAACGCUCCUCCUUCAUUACUAUACAACGAAAUGUGAAUUAUGUUUUAACUAUGAAUAACAUGGUUAUUAUGUAAUUUCUGUUUGGCAACUAAUGAAGUGUUAUUACAUUCAUGUGAAGUAUUGUAAUUAACUUUAGAGUGCAUUUUUUUCUAAGUUAUUUAGUGGUUCU